UACAAGUGUUCUAACUUCUAAAAGCAGUGAAGGAACUAUGGCUAAUUUUGCAAGAUGGGAACCGGGUCAUGGUCCGUUCGGGUACCGUCAUCCAUGGGAAAUGUACCUCAAAGUCGGAAACCUUACUCGGGAAUGUGCUUAUAAACUUGAAGCUCUUAACAGCUACCUUAACUGUAAAAUCCAGACUCCAGCAGAAAUCCGUGGCAAAAUCCAAGUGCCGUGCAAAAGGGUUAGCCUAGAAUGUAGCCGAGCUUUGAAGGAAAUGGCGUCGACAUUUCGAAAAAUGGUUCAAACAAGAUCAGUUAUUGUACACAUAGAAAGCUCAAAGAAGGCUGCUGAAGAGCUCAAAAACGUCCUCAAUACAAACCUGUGGGCAGAAGAAGCAGAUUUACUAGAGAUUAUACCAGCUGCUUCAGUUGCAUCACUUCUGCCGGAAAUCAUUGAGUGCAUUGAGAAAAUUUCUGAAGCAGUAAAUGAAUUAGGCAAGGCCGCAUCUUUUAGGAAGAGUAAUGCUACAGUCUUACCCAAACAACCAGAUACUAUCCGACAGGAAACACUCCAACAUCAUCCCAACACUGUCAUGCCGGUGCCACAUUGUGUCAUAGUAGUUGCUGAAUAA